AUGUUCAUGCCUAUUGGUGUAAUUACUUUUCGACGUUUUGCAUUAAAUCGACAUUAUUUUCCAUUAUGGAACGAAUCAAACGUUCAUCUCGGUGAUAUGAAUUUGACAACGAAUAAAAAAAUUGAAGAUGUUCAUGGUGCUUUACAGAUUGAUUUUGCCAAUAAAUAUAUCGGCGGCGGUGUUUUAGGUUCGGGUUGUGUACAAGAAGAAAUUCGUUUUAGUAUUUGUCCUGAAAUGCUUGUUAGUUUACUUGUUUGUGAAAUGAUGGAAAAGAAUGAAUGUAUAUUCCUUAUUGGUUGUGAACGAUAUUCAUCAUAUAAAAGUUAUGCAAGUUCAUUUGAAUACGCCGGAGAUUAUAAAGAUGACACACCCAAAGAUAAUUGGGGACGAAAAUGGUGUCAUGUUGUAGCUAUGGAUGCUAUUUUUUUCCGUGAUCCAUCAAUACAAUAUCAAAUGAAAGCUAUUGAACGUGAAUUACUCAAAGCCUAUACAAGCUUUCAUCCUCUUGGAAAAUGA